UCUGUCCAUCCGCUGAACGAACUGAAAACAGCAGAGGGAGAGAGAGAGCGAGAAAUGUGUCCUGCAUGGCUAUUGGUGGCUGUGGCGCUGGUGGGCGUGGCCAGAGGAGACGUCAGUCAGUGCUGGGAACAUCCAAGUUGUCAGGAUGUCAACUCUGAGACGAGCAUGAUGGAGUGCAUCCGGCUCUGUCGCUCCGACCUCACCGCCGAGAUGCCCGUCAUCCCGGGUGCCGCCCACCUCCAACCCCCUCCUCCUCCAUCAGACCCCGAGUCUCUGCUUCCCCUCUCACUUUUACUUUCCUCCUCCUCCACCACCUCCUCCUUCCCCUCCUCCCCUCAGGCCAAGCGCUCCUACUCCAUGGAGCACUUCCGCUGGGGGAAGCCCGUCGGGCGUAAGCGCCGCCCGGUCAAAGUCUACGCCCCCAACGGCGUGGAGGAAGAGUCGGCCGAGCUGUUCCCCGGGGAGAUGAGGAGGCGGGAGCUCGCCGCCAAGAUGAUGAUGGCCGCCGGGGACGAGGAGAAGGCACAGGAGGUGGCCGAGGAAGAGGAGGAGGAGCAGGAGGGGCGCCUCCCCGGCGACGUCCACGAGAAGAAGGACGGCACGUACAAGAUGAAGCACUUCCGCUGGAGCGGCCCGCCGGCCAGCAAGCGCUACGGCGGCUUCAUGAAGAGCUGGGAUGAGCGCAGCCAGCGGCCGCUGCUCACGCUCUUCAAGAACGUCAUCAACAAGGACGGACAGCAGCAGGAGGGAGAGCAGUGAGGAGGGAGGGAGCGAGGAGAGGAAGCGAGGAGAGGGAGCGAGGGAGGAGCUGACAGGCUGGCCACAACAAGGCAUUCAGAUGCGGGGCAUGGAGAACGGCAAAAAAAAAACAUCGCGAUAUUUUCCUCGAUAUCGCGACGACAUCGCGGCGUCGAGGUUGAUCGGACCAAUCGGAGGAGACCGGUGUAACAUCGAUACCGCCCCCUUCUCCAAACCAAAACACCAGAUGCAUUGUUGGUAAAUUCCCCUUUCUGCAGGCAAACCCCCGUCUCCUAGAAAAGUACGUUUUCAAUGCAAAUAACGAUCGUUUUUACCAUCGAUUAAUCCUGCAAAUGAUUGCCUCCGGUAAUCGUUUAAUUUAUAAAAUAUCAGAGAAUAGUAAAAUGUCUUCGAAUGUCUUUUUUUCGAUGACACCCAGAGAAAACUCACAUACAUAUUUGCCUUAUUAGACACCUCGUUGGCUCUGAAUCAAGGAUUUAAUUGUGAGAAUAGUUAAUAAGGUAAACGAGGUUGCAUUCAUGAAUGCAUACUUAUCUGCCAAAGUCAGAAAAGUAGUAAACUCUUAAUAAAAAAUAUUUAAAAAAACACAGAGAUGAUUUUUAAAAGUUCCAUCACGCUUUAGUGGAUUCAAGUUUAUUUGUGAAGCCAGGACGGAAAUUCAGUAUCGACAAAGUUUGAUUAAAUUGACACAAAAGUUUAAGUACUUUUAAUGCGUGUUGGUUUUCAGCUGUAAAUAAUAAUGUGCUGUAGUAACGUAACUUCUAAGAGACGGGGUUACAGUGUCAGUGUGUUCGGCUCCUCCGGGGUCCAAGGUUUGGUUAAGAUCGAGAAUUAUUGCCGUCAUGAUUAUUAAAUGUUUUCUGUUACACACUGACAGCCAGUCACUUCACCCGCUGGGUCACCUGAAGAGAGAGAGGGAGAGAGAGGGAGAGAGAGACAGAGGGAGAGAGA